AUGUCUGAACAACAGGAACAACAAGAGCAGCAAGACAGCCGCCUUUUUGUGCGCCCACUGGCCAUGAGUGUUAGAACAGCCGACGUCGAGGAUCUCUUUGGAGCUUACGGUGAGCUUGCUGACGUCAAGCUGAUGCGUGGAUACGGUUUUGUCGAAUUUAAGAAAGCUGAGGAUGCAAACAAAGCUAUGAGCGAGCUGCAUGGUCGCGAGUUCGAGGGCGACCAGCUGGUUGUCGAAAUUUCUAAAAAGCGUCGUCCCCGGGAAGACCGCCCUCCCCGGGAGCCCCGGGAGCCCCGGGAGCCCCGCCUCAAGGCAACCCACCGUUUGCGAGUUCAGAACCUUGCACAGGGCGUCUCUUGGCAAGAUCUUAAGGACUUUGUGCGCCAGGCUGAUGUGCAGGUUGCUUUCACCGAUGUUUCGCGAUCGGGCGAUGGCACCGGUAUCGUUGAUUUCGCUUCCCAGGAAGAGAUGGAUAAAGUCGUUUCGGAAUUGAACGACCGGGACUUUAAGGGGUCCAAUGUUAAAUUCGAGGUUGACCCCGAAGGACCCCCUGAGUAUGCACCCCGUCGUGAGCGUCCCCGCUUCGAGAACCGCGGCGGCCGCUUUGGCCGUGACCGUUACGAGGACCGUGGAUAUAACCGUGACCGUGGAUAUGACCGCGACCGUGGAUAUGAGCGUCGUGAUCGUUACGAGGACCGGGGUUAUGGCCGUGACCGCCGUGAUGACCGUGGCGGCCGCUACGAUCGCUACCCUCGUGACCGCGAUGGUGUCCGCGAUGGUGCCCGCGAUGGUGCCCGCGAUGGUGCCCGCGAUGGUGGACGGGACCGCUACUACGAUCGCUACAACCGCCGUGACCGCUACGACCGUGAUCGUUCGCGUUCUCCGAACCGUUACGAGGGCUCUCCUCGCUACGAGCGCAACCGCUCAGCUUCCCCCAAGCGUCAGAGCCGUGACGGUGACGACAACGUCCGAGUGCCCGAUUCGCCGCCUAAUGGCGCUGGCGAGGAACCUUCCUGGUAA